AGUAACUGACUACUGACUGUGCGGUCUAUCAUGCGACCUGCUGGUUCCCCUCAUUCUCUUCUCAUUCACUCAUUCAUUCAUUCAUUCUUCACUGCUCUGCUUCGCUACCAGCUUGGCGCCCUGGUCGCUGCCUGACUGAUGCUGGAGCUACACCUGCUGGCAACAGUACACACCAAACCGUCUAUUUUGCAUGCUUAACCAAUAGUGUCGUCAUCAUCUGUGGUGUCUACCAUCCGUUGUCCAUUUUGGCUUCAGCUUUAACCCCGCCUUCCCUACACACACGAAAAUACAGAAAAUGGCCGCUGACCCGCCAUCACAAACGUCCGUCUUCGCUUCGCUCCAUCGCAAAUCCAAGACCACGACUAGCGACACUUCCGUGCAGGAGAGUCGCGAGGCCGCUGUCCGCGACGCCAAGCAGUAUGUGCGAGAUGUCGUGCGCAACGACUGGGCCUUUGACCCCCCCUUGACGCUUUGGUCCUCCUCCGCCUCCCCCCAUCGUGAUGUCGUUGGGUGGCGGUUACGCGACUAUGUUAGUUCGGGCUCAGAUACCGACGUAGGGCCUGCUGAGGCGAAAUCGCAUGAUGGAGAAGAACGAAGCGCGUAUCGGUUCGAGAGCCCAGAUGCUGUUCGAGCCAGUGUGGUUGAGCGCAGGCGGAAGCGCCGGGCUGCAUUGGAAGAAGAGAUGCAGUGGAAUCCCGAGGAAUUAAACAAUUUGAAAAUUUCAGAAGAUACAGAAUACGACUGCUACGAAUCCGACGAUUCCAUAAUACCAGUGAUGGGAACAUUCAUCCCCAAUUUGGAUUACGUCCGAUCAUCCAUCACACCCGCUCUAUACCCCUCUAUUUACAGCAAAGUGGUGCUCCAAAGUCUCACUCCGACUGUCCCUAUAAAUCUAGCCGAUGUUACGAAAGCCAUCGUCACAGGGUGGAAAGCUGAUGGACAAUGGCCGCCCAAACCGAGCAUCCCAGUACCAGGCUCAGACGUGCCGGUGCGAAAGAAAGGACAUUCUGGCGGGACCAACAAUAAUAAAACCGGACGACGGGCAAGUCUGAGCAGUCACGGAUCAGGGGUGACAAACGCUGUUAAGAAAGUGUUAGGAGGCCUAUCGAGUCACUCAUUCCAUCUACGACGAUCAAGCCGCAGUUCUACAACCGGCGAAACAAUGGAGUCUGGAUCUGCUCCUCGGGCUGGGACAGAGGGUGCGCCGGUGAUGGAGGUCCCUGUUGUAGAGGAGACUGGUGGUCGCUACUAGAAAUACAGUGGAGGAUGUUAUUAUUCCUAGGGUGAUGACUUUAAUUAUCGCUGUUCUAACGCAUAGGCGAGCAUUGGAUGCUCGCUAGGCCAUUAUUAUGAUUGGUGUUGAUGGCGUGAAUGGGUGCAUGAGCAUGAAUAGUAUAUAUAUAAAGCUGUAUAAAUAUGACGAUGUCGAUGAGACUGUUACUAACAUCGAAUCACAUUCGCCGAUUUACCAGUUGAUAUUGAUAACAUUACAUGUAAUAGCGCUAACAUCGAAGCAUCCGUCAACAUGAUCAACAUUGAACACCACGUGCAGUUGACCACGGAACAUCUCCCAAAAACUCAAACUACAAAUUAUACACAUAAACAAUUCAAAGUCCCAAUAAAUUAUGUGUAUAUACAGUAUCAAAAACCACAUCGAAACAGCAUUUAAUUAUAAAACAUUACCUUUAAACCAAGCACAUGUACCUUAUCUGUACCUAGUUAGACG